AAGAAAUGUAAUCAACAACAAUUUUUGCUUUCAGUCAAUUUUUAGUUGCGUUCUGUUUUCUAAUAAAAAUAAAGAAUAUCUAAAAAGUAAUUUAUAAAUAAUUUAAAUUUUUAUUUUUACAGUUUUUAGUUGUGCACACAUAUUGCCGAACCAACAAAACAUGAAUCAACAAGGAAUUACUAAAAAGAUACCAAUUCCCAAAGAUUCCAUCAGAGUCGAUAAUUUAAAUGAGGUUCUUAAUGACUUCGCCGAGUUGUCGAAAAUAUCACAAAAAUUGAAAGUAAAAUACACAAAUUUAGAAGAAGAGCUUCGGGACCACCUUAAUAUAAUAUCGAUAUUAGAGAACGAUAAAGCAACAUUUGAAAGUCAAUUAAAAGUAACCCAAAAAAAAUUAAAUGAUACUAAAUUAAAUAAUAAUCGUCUUUUGGAAGAAAACUCAAAAAUACCGAUAUUAAAUGAAAAAAUUACAAACUUAGAAUGUCAAUUGAAAGAUAUCUCAAGAACCUUCAAGAAAAUACCACUAAAUAUACCAAUCAGUUAAAAGCGGCUAAUGCAGAAAAAGCUGCAUUAAAUGAUAAACUAAAACAGAUAUCUACAGAGCUAAAUUCAAAAAAUUUAGCUUGUGCUAAAUUAUCUGAAGAAAAUUCGAAAAUUUCGAACUUAAAUGCAGAGAUUUCAAAACUAAAAAACAAUUUCAUCAAACAUCUUUGGAAAAUGAGUUACUUAAAGAAAAAUACGAAAAACUUACAG